CAAUAAAUUCACACAAAAUCUCCCAGCCAUAGUGUCAGAUUGUGUUAUUUGUCUUUUUCAGAAACAGCUCAAAACAAAAAAACCUACAUGUUCAUUUCAUCUCCGCUAACGUGGGCUGAUGCCCAGAGUUACUGCAGACAGCACUACACAGACCUGGCUACGAUUGAGAGCUCUGCAGAAAACUCUGCGCUCUACAGCACAAUACCAAAUGGGGUAAACGUGUGGAUUGGUCUGUACCGAAAUGCAUGGACUUGGUCAGAUAACAGCAGCAGUGUGUUCAGAAACUGGAAAAGUGGACAGCCAGAUAACUCUAAUCUUAAUGAGUACUGUGUGAGUGAGGAUUCUCAACAUCAGUGGUAUGACGACAACUGUCAGAACCAAUACGCCUUCAUCUGUCAUGAAGAUCCAGUUGUGAAGACGACUGUUGUGAGGAUGAAGAUGCAGACUAGUGCUGACAUGACAGAUCCAGUUAUUAACACCCAGCUCCUCCAUCAGGUAAAAUUCUCUCUCUCUCUCUUUGUCGGGUUCUGGUAAAGUAUGAAAAUUACAGAAGAUGAGAAGAGUUUGCCAUUGUAGAAAAGAGUAUAGGAAAUAGAGCAAAGGUC